AUGUCCGUGAAAAACAUAAAUUUAUUCUGCAAUUAGCAUUUCUCAUUGUACAAUCGGCUUUUCUUUUGCGCUGAAAGACGAAGAUGGGGCACUCUAACAUAUGGAACUCUCACCCCAAGACCUACGGGCCUGGUUCCCGCACCUGUCGUGUAUGUGGGAACCCCCAUGGAAUAAUUAGGAAGUAUGGGCUCAUGUGCUGCAGACAGUGCUUCCGGAGCAAUGCCAAGGAAAUUGGCUUUAUCAAGUAUCGUUAAGCUGUGAAUGUCUGAAUUUUGUCCAGUGGAAGGAGGGCUUUCCUUGGUGGGAUGGGAUAUCAUCAGGCAUCCCUUUUUAUUUAUCUUCGUUUUAUUUAAAAAGUGCUGUAAUGGGAGAUUAUUCUAGUUUGAGAUAGAACUCAAUCUGAUUCUUGAACUGGCUUAAUAGUAUUUGCUUAUUUUUGUUUAUUUUUGACUUUAUGAAUCAAGAAAUUUUUUAUGCAGCAGUUUUGUUCAUUGCA